AUUUUAUUGUCUCUGUGAAAGUGAAAUGAAAAUAAAAUGUCAAAAUCAAAAAUUGACAGCGAUGGUUUUCAACUUGUUUCAACAAAAAAAUCUUCGAAAAAGAAAGUUUUAGUGCCUCGUAACGAUCUACACCUUAAACUCGAUAGUAAAAUAGACAUUGAAAAAUCAUUUAAACGGAUCGAAACUGCUGUGGGUGAAUUAGAGUGCUCAGAGUAUUUGAAGAGUGUUAUUAAAGCCGUGAGUAAUUUUUUAAACGACAAAAACAUAGUAGAAAUCAUAUGUUUUGGUCUCGGUCAUAUCGGAGAAAGCAAUAUUUCAAGAUACCAGUUAGCACUGUUAUUGUGUUUGAGAAACAAGUUUAACCCUGACAAAGUUCUUGUACACGACCCAAUAUUCUACACUGACGAGUGUGAACUGCUGAAAAAGUUAAAUUUAACUCUUAUAGAGGAAAAUACAGAAGGCAAUUACAUAAUAACCAAAAAGGGUACUUCUCUAGUGUAUUUACCUCAUUGUCCAAAACAGCUCACUAACAACUUCCUUUGGAGUAACUGGGGACUUAAUUUGGAAAAUUGCAUUCUUCUCUGCAACAGUUUCACAUCUAUCACUGAGAUAUCAGACAGAAUAUUAUCAGAAACUGUUCCAUACAUACAGAAAAUACUAUCAUUGACUCAAGAAGUAUAUUUAGACAAUAAUUUUGUGUUCAAAGAUAUUUUUAACGAUACCUCAUUACAUUUCUUUACUAAAAAACUUUUAGAGUCUGUAUCAUCAGAUUUUUGGAACAAUAAAGAAAAGCCGCAGUAUACAAAUGAUGUUGAGUUUAUAACGUCUCUAAUAAUUCACAAAUUGACUGUAUGA